UCUACCUUCCACACACUAGCUAAUCCUCAGGAAUUCUCAAGAGCACCCAAAAUAUUAAAAUUUCUAAAAAAUAAUUUUUGAAGCUCUCUUUAGGAUCUCAGCCGUUGGAUUGAAAUGGCUACUGCUGUCUCAACCGUCGGAGCUGCCACCAAGGCACCUUUGAACUUGAAUGGCUCGAGCGCUGGGGCAUCAGUCCCAACCUCAGCUUUCUUAGGGAGCAGCUUAAAGAAGCAUACAAGUGUGAGAUUCCCAAGCAGCUCUAGGGCGAGCUCAAUGACCGUCAAGGCGGCUGACUACGAGGAGAGCAAGCAGUCCAACACGGACAGAUGGGCUCAUUUGGCUACAGACAUCUCUGAUGAUCAACUCGACAUCCGUAGGGGUAAGGGUAUGGUUGACUCCCUCUUCCAAGCUCCGAUGGACUCCGGCACCCACGUUCCAGUUCAGAGUUCACUCGAAUACGAGAGUCAAGGUCUUAGGAAGUACAACAUCGACAACAUGUUGGGUAACUUCUACAUUGCCCCUUCUUUCAUGGACAAGAUUGUUGUUCACAUCACCAAGAACUACUUGAACUUGCCUAACAUCAAGGUUCCCCUGAUCUUGGGUAUUUGGGGAGGCAAAGGUCAAGGUAAAUCCUUCCAAUGUGAGCUUGUGUUCGCCAAGAUGGGAAUCAACCCCAUCAUGAUGAGUGCGGGAGAAUUGGAAAGUGGAAACGCAGGAGAGCCAGCAAAGUUGAUCAGGCAAAGGUACCGUGAGGCAGCAGACAUAAUUGCCAAGGGAAAGAUGUGUGCUCUGUUCAUCAACGAUCUCGACGCGGGUGCUGGACGUAUGGGAGGCACCACACAAUACACCGUGAACAACCAGAUGGUUAACGCCACCCUCAUGAACAUUGCUGACAACCCCACCAAUGUCCAACUCCCUGGUAUGUACAACAAGCAAGAGAACGCCCGUGUUCCCAUUAUCGUCACUGGUAACGACUUCUCCACCUUGUACGCUCCCCUUAUCCGUGAUGGUCGUAUGGAGAAGUUCUACUGGGCUCCCACCCGUGAGGACCGUAUCGGUGUUGCCACCGGUAUCUUCAGGACCGACAAUGUUCCUGAGGACCACGUUGUCAAGCUCGUCGACACCUUCCCUGGCCAAUCUAUUGAUUUCUUCGGUGCCUUGAGGGCUCGUGUAUACGAUGAUGAAGUAAGGAAGUGGGUUUCUGAAGUAGGAAUUGACGCCGUAGGAAAGAAGCUCGUAAACUCAAGGGACGGACCACCAGUGUUCGAACAACCAAAAAUGACCUUGGAAAAGUUGCUUGAAUACGGAAACAUGCUUGUGCAAGAGCAAGAGAAUGUCAAGAGAGUCCAACUUGCUGACAAGUACUUGAGCGAGGCUGCUCUUGGAGAUGCUAACAAAGAUGCUAUUGCAUCCGGAGCUUUCUUCGGUUAAGUGUCCCUAACUCGGAGGCCAAGCAGCUCAGCAAGGAGAUUUGCCGGUUCCUGAAGGUUGUACUGACCCGAAUGCGAAGAACUUUGAUCCAACUGCAAGGAGUGACGAUGGAAGCUGCAUCUACACUUUCUAGGCCUUAAUUUUUCAUUUAAUUUGUUGCAAUUAUAUGAGAAAAGGGGAACAAUUUUUAGUUUGGAUCUCUUAAUUAGAGGGAUUUUAUUAUUAUUCCACUCUGUAUACUUCCCUAUGUUUUUUUCUCUUUUUGUCUGUUGGUGAAUUGUUGUCCUGUAAUUUUGUGUAAGAAUUCACCAUCAUCUUGUUUUGUGGAAUUGAUAAUUUGGGUUUAUUUUGAUUGUACCCUUUUCUCAUCA